AUGACGACCACAACACCAGCCCCCCCAACCCUCGCCAUACCAGGCCAGCUCCUCGGCCCCGCCUCGCGCUACCAGCCCGGGCCCGGCACGCACCUGCACAACGCCAACCUGUACGCCUCGCUGCUGGGGCACGUGCACAUCACCCAACCCGCCCAGCAACCACCACGCCAGCGCGCCCCCGGCCCCGCCAAGCGCCUGACCAAGAUCACCCCGGCGCCGGCACCCGCGCCGACGCCCCCCGCCGAGCGGCCGACCAUCUCGGUGGCGGUCGCGGACGCGGUGGUGGCGAUCCUGGUGUGCGGCGACUCGGUGCUCGAGGCCGAGUGGCAGGGCCUGAUCCGUGUGCAGGACGUGCGGGCGACGGAGAAGGACCGCGUGCGCAUUUAUGAGAGCUUUCGGCCGGGGGAUGUGGUGAGGGCGGAGGUGAUCUCGCUAGGUGAUCAAGCGAAUUACUACCUGUCGACGACGAGGAAUGAAUUGGGGGUGGUGUUGGCUGUCAGCGAGGCAGGGAAUACGAUGCAGCCGGUCAGUUGGAAGGAGUUCCGGGAUCCGGAGACAGGGGCCAUGGAGUUGAGGAAGGUCGCGCAGCCACAGCCGCAGUGA